GGCCGAUAAAGGUACCACUGAUGGGUUCCUGUUUGCAUUUGUCAAAUGGCCGACCCCUGGCUGUACAAUGUGGAUCAGAGGUCCCCAAACUGUGCCCCUCAAGAGAUUUGUUUGGACUUAGUCUCCCAGCAAAGCCUCAGCCAUGUUGGCCAAGAGGAGGGUCCUAAAUCUCUUAAAAGGGCACAGUUUGGGGACCACUUUUGCAGAUGCGCGGAUGUACAGGUCCUUUUCUCUCUGCGCAUGCGCCCAGGCUACCAGCAGUUCCAAUAGAUUAAAUGGGGAGUCUUAACUUCCGGUCUCGCUGCUUUCUCUCUCUCUCUCAGCCUUCCCCUGCUCUUCCGGCCGUUACUGGAGGGUCGUCCUUGUGCGCAUGCGCGGCCUCGAAGUCGAGGGGGGCAGCCUCGGGGGUUCGGAGGGGAGCGAGGCGGCCAUUUUGUGACCCUCGGCCGUUGCUGUCGCUGAGAAGAAAGGAAGCGGCGGACCCUGAUGGUGGCAUCCGCAGGCCUAGCGACCUAGAGAGGACCCCCGGCCGCUCCUCCCUCUCCGGCCGAGGAGCAGCCCCUGAGCGGCGGGGCUCCGCGGAGGCCCGUUAAGUUGAUUUCACAGACUUUAUCAGACUUCCAAGAAGAAACAGGUGAUUUUUGCUGUGGGUUGAAAUCAGAAUGGCUGUAGUCAUCCGUUUACAGGGGCUCCCUGUUGUUGCGAGUUCUUCAGAUAUUCGGCGUUUCUUCUCAGGACUGAAUAUUCCUUAUGGAGGUGUACAUAUCAUUGGAGGAGAAAAGGGAGAAGCUUUUAUUAUAUUUGCAACAGAUGAAGAUGCACGACAAGCAAUGAGUUAUUCAGGAGGAUAUAUUAAAGAUUCACGUAUUGAGUUCUUUCUCAGCAGCAAGACAGAAAUGCAGAACAUAAUAGAAAGUGGUAGGAAGAGAGUUGAUCACAAAGGAAGAGAAAGAGCUGCAUCUAAGUGGACAGAUUCUAGAAUUGGUAUAUCUAGCUAUGAAGACAGUUUUCAUUCAAAUGAUUCUAGAAAUAGGAAUGAUCUUCCAAACUCAAGGUAUGAUCAUCCCAGGGAAGAGUCCUUUGAGCCAGAUAAUUUGUACUUAUUAUUACGUGGUAUGCCCUACUCUGCAACAGAAGAUGAUGUACUCACUUUCUUUGCUGGCUUGCAAGUGGAUGGGGUGAUUAUAUUCAAAACCAAGGGACUAAACAAUGGACUUGGUAUAGUAAAAUUCGCUACACCGAAUGAUGCAACAAAAGGGUUGCAGCGUAAUAGGGAGUAUAUGGGUAAAAGAUUUAUAGAAAUACAUCGUGCUAAUGAAGCAACAUGGAUUAAGAAUGGUGGAAGAGUAGAGGAAAAAGUGGAUCCCCCUUUCAGUAGUGAACACUUUGCUCAUGAUCUGAAUAAUACAAGUUUUUAUUCAAGCAGAGAAAAUACAAGAGGAGACUCGGACUACUUAUCAAGAAGGCAUACCCAUUCAAGGUCUCCUCCAAGGAGAGUUGUGACACAUACUGAUUCAUUAUCUCCUCCAAGGAGGAUUGUGGCACGUACCAGUUCAAGGUCUCCACCAAGCAUUGUUAUUUCACGUCAUCAUUCGAGAUCUCCUCCAAGGAGAAUUAUGACUCAUACUCAUUCAAGAUCUCCAAGGAGGAUUGUCUCACAUACCAGUUCAAGGUCUCCACCAAUGGGAGUUAUGGCACGUACCCGUUCAAGAUCUCCUCCAAGGAGGACGGUGGCCCAUUCCAGUUCGAGGUCUCCUCUGAGGAGAAUUAGGACACACACUCAAUCAAUAUCUCCUCCAAGGAGAAAUAUGACACAUACUCGUUCAAGAUCUCCUAGAAGGAGGAUUGUGCCACAUACCAGUUCAAGGUCUCCUGUGAGGAGGAUCAUGCCACGGACCCGUUCAAGGUCACCUCCAAGGAGAGUUAUGACACACAGCCAUUCAAGGUCUCCACCAAGGAGGGUUACAUCACGCUCUCAUUCACCUUACUCUCAAUCACCUCAUAACAAGGACUAUUUUAUACAUGUAAAAAACCUGCCACUUCAUGUUGAGAAGAGAGAUUUGAGAGCAUUCUUUGAAGGGUCAGAUGUACCUAGCAGCCAGAUAACAUUCCUGAAGUCAUACGAAAAUGAAACAAACAAGGAUGCGAUUGUGAUGUUCAGCUCAAUGCGAGAGUAUAAUUGUGCACUAGGCUAUCACAAGCAUGAUCUUCAUGGACGACAAAUUUUACUUUACCCCAUUUCCAAAACAGCAGUAUUGCAGCUUCCUGGAUUUUCUGAAUCCAAUAGAUCCCCAGAAAGAGAUCACCAUGUCAAGGAGAAAAGUGAUUGGGAUGGAUAUUCUGGCCCAAAAACAUGUAUAUAUGUAAGGAAGUUGCCAUAUGAUGUGACAAAAGCUGAAGUGCAGAAGUUUUUUGCAGGAUUUAAUAUUUAUGAGAAUGGUAUUCAUUUGCUUUAUGAUGAGAAAGGAAUUGGACUGGGAGAAGCAUUGGUUAAAUUUAGAAGUGAAGGUGAAGCCCGGAAAGCAGAAAGCUUAAAUCUUCAGCAUUUUUGGGGUACAGAGGUACUCCUGAGAUGUAUAUCUGAGGCGCAAAUGCAAGAGUUUGGAGUUAAUGUUUCAUCAGUGUCGGAUGAAAAAAUGCAGAACCAUCGCCAUACAUACCAAAAAGGUCAACAUGUUUACCAGGGUGGUUCACAAGGGCUAUCUGUCCAAGGGAAACUAAAGCAUCCAUCUAAUUCUAGACACAUGUCUGGUGAUUUUAUCUCUUCACCUGAUCGUUUUAGAGACCUUGCCCCCUUUACAGAGUUUGAUGAAGAUAUUCGUGGACAUUUUCCACAUGGACGUUUUAUGCCAGACUCUAAUUUCAGUGGUGGGACAGAUCGGGCCACACUGAUUAAAUUAAAGAAUCUACCAUUUCGAGCAUCACCUAAUGAAAUUCUGGAUUUUUUCCAUGGCUACAAGAUUAUACCGGAAUCUCUUUCUUUCCAACACAACAAAUAUGGAAUGUCUUCUGGUGAAGCUGUUGUUGCCCUGGUAAAUUACAGUGAAGCCAUGGCAGCUAUUAAGGAACUGAACGACAGGCCAAUUGGCUCACGCAAAAUUAGGUUAAGCUUGCUAUAGCUGAGAAGAUGCCUAUGAGGCAUAUUGAAGAAACCUAUAAUGUCAACAUAGAAAAAUGAGAUUCCCCUAUGGGAAGAAGUAUACUGUUUGUAAAUAUUUUUGAUUGAUUUUAAAAUUUAGGGGAUUUUUGGGUGGGGUUGGACAACAUUGGAUCACCUUGGCAGUUUUAUGGACAACAUUGGAUCACCUUGGCAGUUCAUAAAAAUAUUACUUUUGUUUUUCAUACCAUAGCUGCAUGUAUACUUUUAACUUGUCUGUGUUGAUUUAGUACAACUGAACUUUCAAAGGUAGGAGUUGUGUCCUCCUGUAUAUAUUAACAAGACCCACAAUUUCCAUGGAUUCUUGCCCAUUGUUAUGAUCAGUAGUACUCUGAAUACUUUCUUCAUGUCAGCUUAGCAUUUCUUUUAAAAUAAAAAUACAUAAAGUGAAAUAUGAGUAUUUAUGCGUUGCUUGUUUUUAGCUGGUACUGUCUGAAAUCUCAAGAACCAGGGUUCCUUUUUGACACUCAGUUUAUCCCAUAUUUGCCCCUGUAGUGCUUACAUAAUAUACCCCACAAAAGCAGAAAUGCAUUGGAAGAUAGCAUACGAGGAAUUAUUCUUUGCUCCGUGUACAUUUAUUUUGUGGAAUUCAAACACUCAGGUUAGUGUAUGACCAGAAACAUCAUUCCAAAAUGUAGUUGCUUUGAGAAAUCAAAUUGAGUGUUUUUAUCAACUAGCAUAGAAUAAACUAUUAAGAGCUAUACAGAAAGGAUUAAUGGAGAUGGAAGUACCAGGAGAAGAAUUUUAGUAGUGUGUGAAAGUAUAUAAAAGACUUGGGAGCUAUGCAACAGGAAUUUGAUUUUUUUCCCCCAAUCGUAUUUUUAAGCACCUGAUUGGUACAGUAUUCUUACUGGCAGAAAAUAGACAAGACUUGGAACGAUUACUGAAGAAAGUCAAGGAAGAAAAUGCAAAGUCAUCUCUACAGUUGAACCAUGCUUUGCUCAGGCCUCACCAGGAAUACUGUGUCCAAUUCUGGGCACCACAAUUCAAAAAGGAUGUUGACAAGCUGGAGCAUGUCCUGAGGAGG